AUGGCAAUUCAAACCAACACAUCGUUUAGUGACCCAACGCAGCUAUUGGAUGAAAGCAAAACGAGAAAGUCUGAAGACCGAAUACAAAUCCUUGAGACUCCACUUGCACGACCAAUAGUUCCAUAUCUCCCACCUGCUAUAAAUCAAUUAAUUCAACCAGAGUCUGAAGAUAAUUCCGUAAAUGAAUAUGAUGCUGGCAGAGUUUAUCUUGCUAAAUGGGCAUUAAAAGUUGACGAAGAAGCAAGAGUAGCUGCACGUCAAGAAUAUUUAGCAAAUCAUGGUGAAGGUGAGGCAUCAUCAAAUACUAUAAGAAAAAGAUGGUCAGAUCCUAAAUCAUGGGAAGAAGAAACUGAGGUGGGCGCUUUUGAAGUUUUAAAUGUCGAUUUAAAUUAUCCACCACUACUUUCAACACGAUCUACUUCCCUUAGUCCUGAGAAAUGGUUUUCAUCAUUGGAUUCUGAGGGAAGAUUAAAAGUUGAAGUUGAUGAAAUCCGUGAAAUUAUAUUUCGUGGGGGUAUCGAUGAUGAUAUUCGUGUUGAACUUUGGAAAUUUCUUUUGGGUGUGUAUCCAUGGGAUUCAAGUCAAGCUGAACGAGAAUAUAUAACACAAACAAAAGAUAAUUCUUUUUUUGCCGUAGAAGAUAUACCACAUCCAGAUCCAUUAUCUUCGGCAUCAUCACCAUUUACAAAUAAAAACCUUGAAUUAAUGAAAGAUAUUUUAAUGACAUAUUAUUAUUAUAAUAAAGAUCUUGGUUAUGUACAAGGAAUGAGCGAUUUACUUGCACCCAUAUUUGUCGUUAUGCACGACGAAGCUCAUGCAUUCUGGGCAUUUGUAGGAUUUAUGGAACGCAUGAAAUACAACUUUUAUCGCGAUCAAUCUGGGAUAAGACGUCAACUUUUAACAUUAGAUUAUUUGAUUCAAUUUAUGGACCCACGUCUUUAUGAACAUCUUCGAAAGACUGAUGCAUUAAAUCUUUUCUUUUGUUUCCGAUGGAUUUUAAUUUGGUUCAAAAGAGAAUUUAAAUGGGAUGAAGUUUUACAUUUAUGGGAAGUUCUUUGGUCUGACCAUUUAUCCUCGCAGUUUCAUUUAUUUGUUGCUUUAGCAAUUUUGGACAAACAUAAAAUGGCAAUCGUUGAGCAUUUACAUCGUUUUGAUGAAAUAUUAAAGUAUGUUAAUGAUCUAUCAAUGACAAUUCCAAUUGAUGAAACUUUAUUACGUGCCGAGACACUAUUUAAUAAAUUUAAACGAAAAAUUGAAAUUCUCGAUAAAAAAAAUUCAACAACAAAAUCAUCAUCAAAUCAACAACAAAAUGAAAAUCAUCAUGAUGGAUUAAGGAAGCGUAAAGAUAUGAAAGAGAUCAAAGAUGUUAGAAAAGUAGCAAAACUACUUGGCUCAAAGAUAUUAAAAGAUAUUUUGGCUAGAAUAAAACAACUUAGGCAUACGAACAGAACUCAAGCACAAAUAAUUGGUCCUGUGGAAGAAGAUCCAGAGUAUGAACUUAUAGUUCAAGCUAAUAAUAUAACCGUUGAUAUUGAUAAUGAAAUAUUAGUCGUACAUAAGUUUAUAAGAGAUCAUUAUGCAAAAAAAUUUCCCGAAUUGGAAUCAUUAGUUCUUAAUCCUUAUGAUUACACUAGAGCAGUUAAAGCUAUUGGAAAUGAAAUGGAUUUGACUAAAAUAGAUCUGAGAUCGAUUCUUCCAUCUGCUACUGUCAUGGUAGUAACUGUUACCGGAUCAACAACUAAUGGUCAACAAUUAACAGAAGAAGAGAAUACAAUCGUGAGUGAUGCAUGUGAUAUGGUAUUGGAAUUGGAUUCUGCUAAACGAGAGAUAUUAGAAUAUGUUGAUUCUCGUAUGACACUUAUUGCUCCCAAUCUAUCAGCGAUUGUUGGAAGCACGACUGCAGCCAAAAUAUUAGGACAAGCUGGUGGAUUAACGGCUCUUUGUAAAAUGCCGGCUUGUAAUGUAAUGCUUAUUGGUACACAAAAAAAGUUGAACACCGGAUUUUCAAAUGUGACAGCACCUAGACAUACGGGAUAUUUAUACCAAUCAGAAUUGAUUCAGAGAACGCCGACUGAUUUAAGAACUAAAGCUCAAAAGAUUGUUGCUGCAAAAUGUACUUUGGCAGCAAGAAUGGACCGAAUGCAUGAAUCAUCAGAUGGAUCCUUUGGAAGCACAUUACGUGAACAAAUUGACAAAAAACUUGUAAAAUUACAAGAACCUCCACCAACCAAAGCGGUCAAACCUUUACCUGUUCCUGAUGAAGGGCCAAAGAAAAGAAGAGCAGGAAAAAAGAUGAAGGAGGCAUACGUUGUUACUGAGCUUCGUAAAUCACAAAAUAGAAUGGCAUUUGGUGUUCCAGAAGAUGAAGCGUCAUCAUUUGAUAAAACAAAGGGGUUGGGACUUAUUGGACCAAAUUCAGGAAAAAUCCGAUCGCCAGUUGCAGAUCCUCGAGUCAAAGCAAAAACACCAAGGAAACAACAAUAUAUGGGAUCUUCUGGUGCCACAUCCGGUCUAUCGUCAUCAUUGGCUUUCACACCGGUACAGGGAAUUGAAUUGAUCAAUCCAGAAGAAACACAAAGGAAAAUCAAAGAAGCUAAUGAUAAAUACUUUUCUGGUGGCCAAUUCUUAAAAGUUGGAAGAGAUAAACAACAACAAAAAUGA